AUGUUAAAUCCUGCAGGAAAUUACGUUUACCAAUUAGCAGAUCCUGAUAUCAAUUUUGAUUGGGAAACCAUCGAGCAAAUUUUGAUUUCAUCAGCAGAAACACAGUUUUGUCCCAUCUGUUUAUCGCCACCCACAGCAGCUCGCGUCACCAAAUGUGGGCACAUUUACUGUCUACCGUGCAUCCUGCAUUAUCUCGAACUGCGUGAAAAUACCAAGAAGCUUUGGCGUAAAUGCCCCAUUUGCUGGGAAUCUAUUUACGAAGCAGAUCUUAAGCCAAAAGCUUUGGCGUGUGGUGUAGCGGAAGGGGAUACGGUGGACAUGAUCCUUAUCCAGCGACCCGCCCAUUCCACGUUGGCGUUUCCCCUCUCGGAUACAUGGCCAUUGCCUCAGAACGUGAUAUCGAAUUACGUCAAGCCCGAUACACCGUUGAUACCAUGGCAUUUUACACCCGCUGCCAUGCAUUUUGCACGUUUCAUGCUCGCCAGUCCAGAUUACCUAGACGCAGAAUAUCAUCGAGAUACAAUGGAAUUGAAAGAUGCUCUUUCGGAUGCUCAGGGUUGGGGUGGGUUCGAUGAGAUACCCUAUAUCGAAGCCAGUCUAAAAAAGAUUUCAGAAACACAAAAGAGGCUACAAACACAAAAAACAAAGGAGCUGGCAUUAGCGAUGCAUACAAUGGAUAUGAUGUUGGAGGCGGUAGCAAAGUAUGCCAAAAAGCAUCCUCCAUGCGCCCCCGCCGGGUCGUCUGCUCGAGAGCAACCGCCAAAAAUGAUGGAGGAAGAAAAGAAAAGAGAUGUUUCAAAGAAAGAGGAAAAGAUGAAAGUGGAAGUUCCCGAAGCUUACCUUCAAUAUCAACUUCAGCAAGCAGGAGCAGAUUUCAAACCGCCACCACCACAACAGCAGCAGCAGCAGCAGCAGCAGCAGAAGGAAAAGCAAGCUGGCCCUGCAACCGAUUAUUUCUUUUAUCAAGCCGUGGAUGGUCAACAUGUCUAUCUCCAUCCCUUGGAUAUUCGUAUUUUGAAGCAUGAGUUUGGAGAAUAUCAGGACUUUCCCCUUCGUCUUCAAGUCCAGGCCACUGCUGUACAGGAGUCCACUUUAACAGAAGAGCUGCGAAAAAAAUGCAAAUAUUUGGGACAUUUGCCUUUGGCUUGCGAUGUCACUUUCUUGGAAAUCAAUGUCAAAGACAUUGUUUCUGCAGACACAUACCAGCAUUUCCAUCAGGAGCUCAAUGCCCGUGUGAAAAAGAGAAAAGAGAAAGAACGACGCGAAGAACAGAAGAAACAGCAAGCUGAAUCCAAACAUAAACUACAGCAGCAUGUGAGAGAACAUGAGAUGGAGAGACAACAGUUACUUGAGAAUGAUCCUUUUUUCUCAAUGUACCGACCUCCCGUAUCUGCAGAAGAGAGCGAAGAACAUCUAUCUCAGGCGUUGAGUGAAUCGGCUGCAUCAGCAGAACUAUCCGCUGCACCCUCUCCGUCAGCAGUCCAUGAUGGAAGCAGAACAGUUUGGGGUACACGAAAAGUGCCAUCGAGGGAGGAAGAGUUGAUGAUGAGGAACCAUGCUCAUGAAUGGGCAGACCAUAUCAUCUUGCAUAAAAGUCAUAGAAAGAAACGCGUCAAUAAGAAUAAAAAAUAA